AUGGACCUUGAUCUGGGACCUUUACCAGAACCAGAGCAUGUUGAAAUAGAUCAAGUUCCAUUAGCCACGGCGGAAGAAGCUGCUGCAAGCUCUCACCUCAACGAAGAACCUCAGUUUGAAAAGGUUCAUAUUCGGGGAGUUGAUGAGCUUACUACAGAGGAUCUGAAGCGGUACGCAAGUGAGCACUUCGUAGCAGAGGAACUCACCCGGAUAGAAUGGAUCGACGACACCUCUGCGAAUCUUGUGUAUAGCUCUGUCGACGUCGGUCUGCAAGCGCUGGCUACCUUUUCACAACAAAACCCGGAGGAAGACUCGUCGCGAUUACCUCCACUGCGACUCCGGACGGCGAAAUCCCUAUCUACGCAUCCAGAGUCAGUCCUGCAAGUACGAACAGCGGUGAAAACAGAUCGAAAGAAGCAACGAGCCCAUGAAUCGAGCCGUUUCUACCUUAUGCAUCCAGAGCAUGAUCCCCGAGAGCGAAUGAUGAGAGAGUUUGCAGACAGGCGGCGUAGCGGCCGGAGAGACGAUAAUGACAGCGAUUACUCAAGAAGACGAUUCGAUGACAGGGAGCAUAGACGAAGACGGGGUCGCGCCAAGGAAGAAAAUUUCAACGAGAGUAUGUACGAUGACGACGCUGCGCGGAGUAGAGCAAGGAGCAGCUCAAACGAAGGCAGGCUAAAUGGAGAUGGAGGGGAAGAGAGAUGGAGCCGUAAUAGGCGCGAAGUUAUUGAGCUCUUCCCCGACGACAACCCUAGCUCGUUAGGACGACUUCGGGGUCGUAGCGCUUCUCCGCUUAGAAUGGGAUUUGAUCAAGGAGACCCUGCGAUGGAUAGCCGGGAACGGACCCGUAAAUCUUUCAGAAACCGUUCUCCGAGGAACAGCCGAAACAGAGAUCUAAUACAUGGGGCCGACGAAUAUGCUACUAGCAAUGACAGCUCUGAGCGCCGGGAGUUAUUCCCAAACAAAACAACAUCCAGUUACCUCAAAAGGGAGCUUUUCCCCAAAAAAGUCACUUCAAGCAACCACCGCCGCUCCGAUGCGUUCGAUGCUGCCGACGAAACUGCAGAUCUAUUUUCUAAACGAAUACCGGUUACCUUGAUGGAUGGAACCAGUGGUGGCGAGAUAUCCGGCAGAUCAACAAGCCAGGUUGAAUUAUUCCCAGAUAAAAGUGACAAAAAUGGAAUCAGCAUCCGUGGUGCUGCCUCGGAGGGUAAGGGAAUCUCUAUUCGUGGCACUUCUCAGGGAAUAUCUAUCAAAGGUGCUGCCUCCGUUAGAGAGUUAUUUCCCUCCAAAUAUAAUAGUAACGAGGGGAAAGAGCUGUUUUCGGACAAGCUUCAGGGUCGAGGGGGUAGGCGCAGGAAAGCGGAGGAUAUGUUCUCUUAA